GAAAAGAAUUUCCUUCCAUCUGAGAGUUGUAGAAUAGUAUCUGUGGAUUUGUAAGAGAUGGCACCAUUAGAUCAUGUAACCUAAAUUCAAGGAGAUAUAACUAAAAAAACAACAGUGGAUGAGAUAUUGAAGAAAUUUAAUUAUUAAAGAGCAGAUAUAAUUGUUUGUGAUGGAGCACCUGAUGUAACAGGUUUUCAUGAUAUUGAUUAUUACAUCUAAUCUUAAUUGAUUGUGGCUGCAUUGAAUAUUUGUUUGAUGACAUUAAGAGAAAAUGGAAUUUUUGUAGCAAAAAUAUUUAAAGGUUCAGAUAUCAAAUUGUUGUAUUCCUAAUUUAAAUUAUUCUUCAAUUAAGUAUAUUUUAUGAAACCUAAAUCAAGUAGAGCAUCAAGUGUUGAAUAUUUUAUAAUGUAAUAUAUUUUUUAAUAAAUGUAGAUGUCUUCAAUAUACUCCAAAAAUUUAAACAUAAAAUUUCCACUUAUACACAUUUUUGAAAGAAAUUGAAUAAGCAGAAAAACAAAAAUAAGAAGUUACUGAUUAAUAAAUAGAAAAGGAAUAGUCUAAAUAUUAUAAAUUUAUUACAUGUGGAGAUUUAUCAGGAUUUGAUGAAAAUUGA